CAAACACACCGUAUCCGACAAUCCGUAUGUAGAGCUCACCAUGGCUCUUCAUGCUGGGUUCUCCGUUGAUGCGAUCGCCGAUAAGUCUCGACGGGACUUGUUGGCGCUGCUUGAGGGUGUACGAGGCAAGAAGAACCUUGUCUUAGAGCGAGACCUCGCCGGGCCCAUUGGCUUGUUUGUGAAGUUCUCAACUUUACAAGACUAUGGAGUCGACAAGGUUUUCUUCUUGGAGAACGGAAAUGCAGACACAAGCCAGCAGAAUGUGGUAUUCAUUGCCAGGGGAGAGAGUGCGAGGAACACCAAGGUGAUUGCGGAUCACAUCAAACGCAUCCAGCGUGAAACGCAGACAGGUCAUGAGUUUUCUAUAUUCUGGGUACCUCGCCGAACACUGGUAUCCGAUAAGAUCCUAGAGGAUGCGGGCGUCUUGGGGGAUGUGAACAUUUUCGAACUGCCACUAUACUUCGUAUCCCUCGAGAAGGAUCUCUUGUCUUUAGAACUCAAUGACUCCUUCGGCGACUUGUAUCUCAGAAAAGACCCAACGCCGACAUUUCUCAUGGCCAAGGCGCUCAUGCUGAUACAACAGAAUCAUGGCCUUUUCCCAAGAAUUACUGGCAAGGGCGACAAUGCGAAGCGGUUAGCAGAUCUCCUAACUCGAAUGAGGCAGGAAGCUAUUGCUGGAGAAGAGGGCAACGACAAUAAAUUUACAAUGAGCCCAAGUACUACAAUCGAAAGCUUAAUUGUCAUCGAUCGGGAGGUAGACUACGCAACGCCAUUGCUCACCCAGCUUACAUAUGAAGGCUUGAUAGACGAAGUUGUUGGGAUACAGAACAACCAGGCCGAAAUAGAUUCCUCGAUCGUUGGUGCAGCUCCUCAACCGGCUCAAGGGUCGGCAAAGAGUAUCGGCACGUCAGUACCACAGGGGAAAACACGGAAGAUCCAGCUCGAUUCAUCCGACAAGCUCUAUGUUCCAUUACGAGAUACGAAUUUUGCAGUAGUCGGUGGUUUACUUAACAAAGUGGCUCGACGAUUAAAAAACGACUACGAUAGCAGACAUGGGAACAAGACCACGGCAGAACUGCGAGAGUUUGUGAACAAUCUCAAAGGCUACCAAGCUGAACAGCAAAGCCUGAAGAUCCACACCGGUCUUGCCGAAGAGAUAAUGAAACAUACCCGGACAACUCAGUUUAGUCAACUGCUAGAAAUCCAACAAAAUCUGGCGGCCGGCGCAGAUCCGUCAUCACAACACGAGGCGAUCGAGGAAUUGAUUUCUCGCGAUGCCCCUCUUACCGAGAUUCUUCGACUCCUUUGCCUCGAGUCUUGUAUUUCCGGAGGGAUUAAGCCGAAGGAGCUGGAGAACUUCAAGCGCCUCAUACUCCAAGCGUACGGGUACCAGCAUAUCCUGACGUUGGACGCGCUCGAGAAACUCCACCUGCUGUUGUCACGCUCUUCCCCUACAGCCCUAAUGAUCCCGAUGCCUGGAACCGGUGUCAGCACUGGAACCAAAACGAACUACACCUUUCUGCGAAAGCAACUACGUCUCAUCGUUGACGAGGUCAACGAACAAGAUCCAAACGAUAUCGCGUAUGUGUACAGUGGCUACGCACCCUUAUCUGUCCGACUUGUUCAAUGCAUACUCCAAAAGCAAUACCUGUUAUCAUUCACUCGCGGUUCCGCCGCCCCCGGCAAUGCCAACGCCAACGCUGGCGGCGGUGGCGGGCAAGGCUGGAGAGGGUUUGAUGAGGCUGUAAAGCAUGCAAGAGGUGCAACAUUUGAUGAGAUACAGAAGGGAGAAGACAAAGCCGUGAAGGCAAGAUCACUAUUGACGAACAGUGGCGAGAGAAAGACUGUUAUUAUUGUCUUCUUGGGUGGCAUAACAUAUACUGAGAUCGCGGCGUUGAGGUUCAUCGCCAAGAAGGAAGAAGAACGGAAGAAUAUAAUCAUCUGUACGACCUCGAUCAUAAACGGAAACAGGAUGAUGGAUACUGCGAUUGAGAAGGGAGAUUUUGCGAACGCUGCUAGCCAGAGUUGAAACUGGUCGUAUUUAGAAUGAAGGCAGAAUCAUAUUAUUGUGCACAUUAGCGUAGACGAUAUCCAAUACGACAAAUAAACUACAUUGGCCG